CUCUAGUGUUUGUAUCUUGGUGUUCUCUGGUCUGAUUCCUCCAACAUAACACAAAGAUUGCUCCCUCCAUUCCUCAUGUGUUGUCUGUCAGUGGGGACUGCUUCUCACAUUCUGCCCACUGUGGACUGUGGACUGUAAGUACUCCUCCCCUUAAUUUCUCUCCUUCCAUUUCUUCUAUCGAAAUGAAACGACAACCCACUUUCACCACCAUAACUCCCUCAUUUUUUAGUCACAAGUGCUUUCGAAGGUUCUUCCUCUAAAUUUAUCCCACACCUUUCAGCAUAUAUUAUAUAUAGAUAUCGUUUUUGUUCUUGGAUCAUCAGUAGUGUUAUAUAUAUUCUUCCAUGAAAGAAGCUGAUCACAUGGCCAUUCCCCAUCUGUUCAGAUGCCCAAUUAGUCUAGACUUGUUCAAAGAUCCGGUCACUUUGUGCACAGGCCAAACGUAUGACAGAUCAAGCAUAGAAAAAUGGCUGGCGGCAGGCAAUCUCACAUGUCCUGUCACAAUGCUGAAGCUCCAUGAUCCAUCCAUUGUUCCUAAUCACACUCUUCGCCACUUGAUUGAUCAGUGGCUUCAAAUGGGUCACCAGCUUGAUCCCGAUUACUUGGCAACCGUUGAUUCCUUAGCUGCACUCAAACAGAACCUUGAAUGUCAUCAAGCCACCAUACAAGACAAGCUCCAAACACUCCAGAAGAUUCGAGUAUUAUCCGAAGAAUCGCCGACCGCAAACUCUUGUUUGAUCCAAUUACGCUUCUUACCUCUACUUUUGGAACUGGUUUUUGGAAAAGUAAAAGACAAACUAGUAGUCUCCCAAGAUGAUCACGUCAAGUUUGUUGACCAGGCACUUUCAUGUGUUAUAAGACUGCUGCCUUUCGGUGAACUGGAAUCUCUGAAUAUGCUAAAACAAGAGUCUAAAUUAGCCUCAUUCCUAGAUUUGUUUCAGCACGGCACUUUCAUGGUCAAGAUAAGCUUGUGUCAUCUUAUAGACGCAAUAUCAUCAUCCACAGAGACAAAAGAGCUUUGUGAUAUGCUUGGAAAAACCCGCCAACUCUUGCAUGAAGCGGCUCUUCUUGUUGUUGGCAAUGGAGGUUCCGAGGCUUCUGAGGCUGGAAUCAGAGCCUUGUCAGCGUUAUCUUCCUUGGAAUCUAAUCGAGAGAAUUUGGUCGCAGAAGGCGCCGUGGAUGGACUCGUGACAUACAUUUUGGGUGCUGAAAGACGUGAAAAAAGCUUGGCACCCAUGGCAAUGGCAACACUAGAGAAGCUCUUAGAAACAUCAACUAGUGCAAAAGAAGCAUUGGUGAAUAACCCAAAUGGCGUUAAUGCUAUUGUCAGGAUGGUUUUCAGGGUAUCAGAUCACGACGGCAGCGAGAGCGCAGUUAGCUUGCUUACGAUCAUUUGUUCUGAUUCCCUACGGGCACGGGAAGAAGCCAUUGCAGCUGGAGUUUUGACUCAGUUGCUGUUGCUUCUCCAAAGCCAGUGUAAUGGUAGGACCAAAACCAAGGCCAGAAUGCUGCUCAAGCUGCUAAGAUCCAAGUGGGUUGAAGAUUCAAAGCAUGAUGAUGUGUAGAUUAAUUAUAUAAACGGUAAUGCUAUUUACUAGACUCUUGUACGAUUGGAAUGACGUGGCAGUGAAAAUCAAUUUUUAAAUGAAUAUAAAUUUGUAAAAGAUAAAAAGAUUGAUUUUUACUGCUACGUUUUUUCAUGCAUAUACCAGUCUACUAAAUAAUAAAUAAUAUUUGUCUUGUAUAAAACAAAAGUAUGUGAGGUCUUAUUUUCUGUGCUGUAUUGGGUUUCCUGUAAGCAAGCAUUAAUUUGUACAGAAGAAUCAACACAUGUUAGCUCAUCAGGCGUUGAAAAUUCAC